AAAACGUCAAGCUCAUAUGUGUUGAUGUGUGUUGAUUUUUGUAUGAUUUGAAAAGCCGAAAAAACAGAAGCUUUGCGAACUAUUAAAUAAUUAAACUUUUUUUUCAAAAUACAGUUUUCAAUAGAAUAGUCAAAAAUGCCAAAGGAACAAUAUCGUGAGACGUAUGUCGGGAGAAAAAUCUCCCAUGUCACGUUCAACGUGGACAGUGCGUCUGAUAUACAGAGAGCAGCCCACAUGCAGGUCAUCACGAAGAACCUGUACGCUCAGGAUGGUCAGAGGAUACCAGCCACGCAUGGUGUACUUGACCGCCGAAUGGGCACUAACCAGAAGGAUGCCAAUUGCGAGACAUGUGGCCUGGGGCUGGCAGAGUGUGUUGGCCACUACGGCUUCAUCGAGCUAGCACUGCCUGUGUUCCAUGUUGGCUACUUUCGUUCCAUUAUAACUAUACUGCAAACUAUUUGCAAGGAAUGUGCCAAAGUAAUGCUACCGGAACCAUUGAAGCGCUCAUUUCGACGCAAGUUUCUACAUCCUGAAUUGUCUUACUUACACAAGAAGAACCUCCGAGCCGCGGUACAUAAGAAAGCAAAGACCUUCACUAAAUGUCCCUCUUGUGAUGCCCUCAAUGGCAUGGUGAAAAAGAGUCCAGCAGGGAUCCUGAAGAUUAUACAUGACAAAUAUAGGAAUAAGAAGCCAACUGACCCUAUUGUAGUGCGUGUGCUGAAGGAUUUCUAUGAGGCUAAGGAAUCUAAUAAAGAAGUAGCGGCCAUGAUCAACAGUGGACUAAUUGUGGAUCUGAAUCCGUUGACAGUGUUAAACCUCUUCCGGCGCAUCCCCGAGGAAGACAUUCCACUCCUGGGCAUGAACGUAACUCAGUGCCGGCCGGAAGACUUGAUCCUCACUCGAUUGCCGGUGCCGCCGCUUUGCAUCAGACCUAGUGUUGUCUCUGAGAUAAAGGCUGGCACGAAUGAAGAUGACUUAACAAUGAAACAGUCUGAAAUCCUUCUGAUUAAUGACGUGAUCGACCGCCAUAUUGCGAGUGGGGGUAAGAGCGAGCUCGUGGUGCAAGAGGACUGGGACUAUCUGCAACUUCACGUCGCUCUCUACAUCAACAGCGAGAUGUCUGGCAUCCCGCUCUCUAUGCAGCCCAAGAAGCCGGGGCGAGGUCUGGUGCAGCGGCUGAAGGGCAAGCAGGGCCGGUUCCGCGGCAACUUGUCCGGGAAGCGCGUGGACUUCUCCAGCCGCACCGUCAUCUCCCCGGACCCCAACCUGCAGAUACAGGAGGUGGGAGUACCAGUCCACGUGGCCAAGAUUCUGACGUACCCCGAACGGGUGUUCCCGGCCAACCUGGAGUGGCUCCGCAAGCUGGUCUGCAACGGGCCGGACGUCCAUCCCGGGGCCAACUACGUUCAGCAGAAGGGGCUGCAGCACAAGAAGUAUUUGAAGUACGGGAACAGGGAGAAGAUAGCUCAGGAACUUAAGUGUGGCGACAUUGUGGAGCGCCAUCUGGUGGACGGCGACGUGGUGCUGUUUAACCGACAGCCUUCACUGCACAAGCUGUCUAUCAUGUGUCACAGGGCCAAGGUGCAGCCUCAGAGGACUUUCAGGUUCAACGAGUGCGUUUGUACGCCGUACAACGCGGACUUCGACGGCGACGAGAUGAACAUGCACCUGCCGCAGACCGAGGAGGCGAGGGCGGAGGCGCUCAUACUCAUGGGGAACAAAUCGAACCUGGUGACUCCUCGCAACGGGGAGCUCCUCAUCGCCGCCACCCAGGACUUCAUCACCGGCGGCUACCUGCUGACCCAGCGAGACACCUUCCUCACCGCCGGCGACGCCCAGCAGCUCGCCGCCUGCCUCCUGGCCGGGCCCGACUCCAACAUGACCAUAGACAUGCCCCAGCCGGCUAUACUGAAGCCGCGCAAGCUGUGGACAGGGAAACAGAUCUUCAGCUUGAUAAUGAAGCCGAACAAGCGGUGCGACGUGAGGGCUAACCUGGAGACUAAGGGCAAGAACUACACCGGCAACAAGGAUAUGUGCGUGCAGGACUCGUACGUGAUCAUAAGGAACUCUGAGCUGGUCUGCGGGUCCAUGGACAAGAGCACCCUGGGUUCGGGCACGAAGAGCAGCAUCUUCUACAUCCUGCUGCGCGACUGGGGCGAGGAGCACGCCGUGCGUGGAAUGUGGAGAUUGGCUCGCAUGGCGUCCUACUACAUGAUGAACCGAGGGUUCAGCUUCGGCAUCAGCGACGUCACGCCCGGCUCCAAGCUCAUACAGGCCAAGAAUCAGCUGCUUGACAACGGGUACUCCAAAUGCGACGGCUACAUCCUGGAGAUGGAGAAGGGCACGCUGCAGUGCCAGCCCGGCUGCUCCAUGGAGGAGACGCUGGAGGCGGUCAUGCUCAGCGAGCUCAGCAGCAUCAGAGAGUUGGCUGCUAAAGCAUGUUUUCGAGAGUUGCAUCCGACAAACGCACCGCUCAUCAUGGCUCAGAGUGGAUCUAAAGGGUCGAACAUCAACAUCUCUCAGAUGAUCGCGUGCGUGGGGCAGCAGGCGCUGAACGGCAAGCGCGUGCCCAACGGCUUCGAGGACCGCUCGCUGCCGCACUUCGAGAGGCACUCGAAGAUUCCCGCGGCGCGUGGUUUCGUUGAAAACAGUUUCUACUCGGGUCUGACUCCUACAGAGUUCUUCUUCCACACAAUGGGCGGCCGCGAGGGCCUUGUCGACACCGCGGUCAAGACUGCGGAGACUGGGUAUCUACAGCGGAGGCUGGUCAAGUCCCUGGAGGACCUGGUGCUCCACUACGACAUGACGGUUCGCAACGCGACGGGCGAGGUGAUUCAGUUCCGCUACGGCAGCGACGGGCUCGACCCCAGCUACAUGGAGGGCCGCGACCGCCCCGUGGACCUGCCGCGGGUCUUCGCCGACGUCCGCGCCAAGUGUCCCGCCAGAGAUGAGGAGCCGCUAGACGGAGACGGUAUCGUGUUGGCUGCCGAGGAGACCUUAGCGCUGGACGACUUCAAAACCUGUCCCGAGGAGUUCAAAACUGAGUUACUAACAUUCCUGAAGGGCGUCGCUGAUAAGGUGCGCCGUCUCCGGGCGAAGUACGGCCGCUGCGGCGCCGUGGGCCGGCAGCUGGAGCGGCUGACGCUGUCGCAGCUGGUGCGCUUCCUGCGCGGCUGCCACGACAAGUACCAGCGCAGCAUCAUCGAGCCCGGCACCGCCGUGGGCGCGCUGGCCGCCCAGAGUAUCGGAGAGCCCGGCACACAAAUGACAUUGAAGACCUUCCACUUCGCUGGCGUGGCGUCUAUGAACAUCACGCAGGGCGUGCCUCGAGUGAAGGAAAUCAUCAACGCGUCCAGAAACAUCUCCACGCCCAUCAUCACGGCGGAGUUGACGCACCGUUACGACCAGGAGUUCGCGCGGAGGGUCAAAGGGAGGAUUGAGAAGACCACUUUAGGAGAAAUAACGACGUCAAUCGACGAGGUGUACCUGCCCAACGAAUGUUUCCUGCUGAUCCGGCUCGACGCCAACAGAAUCAAGCUGCUUUGUCUGGAGGUCAACGUCGACUCUAUUGUGUAUUCAAUAUGUACCUCGAAACUGAAGCUGAAGCCGGCCAACGUCCAGACAGUGCCGCCCUGGAUGAUCAAGGUGUCCCCGGAGCCGGGCAAGCUGGGCGGCUGGCUGAACCUCACGCUGCAGCAGCUGGCGCGCGCGCUGCCCGCCGUCGUGGUCAAGGGGCUGCCGCAGGUGGCGCGGGCCGUCAUAGCCUGCGACGACACCAGCGCGCCCGCCAGUUACAAAUUAUGCGUGGAGGGUGAUGGCUUACGUGACGUCAUAGCGACGUACGGUGUCAACGGCACCAAGACUACUUCCAACAAUAUAUUAGAGGUGUACCACACGCUCGGCAUCGAAGCGGCCAAGUCGACCAUCAUCAGCGAGAUCCAGGGCGUGAUGGCGGGCCACGGCAUGUCGGUGGACCGCCGCCACGUGGAGCUGCUGGCCGGCCAGAUGACGGCGCGCGGCGAGGUGCUCGGCAUCACGCGCUACGGGCUCGCCCGCAUGAAGGAGUCCGUGCUCAACUUGGCCAGCUUCGAGAAGACAGCGGACCACCUGUUCGACGCGGCGUACUACGGUCAGCGGGACUGCAUCGAGGGCGUCUCCGAGUCCAUAAUCCUGGGAGUGCCGGCCGCCAUCGGCACCGGCGUGCUGCAGCUGCUUCACGAGCACAAUGCGCACGCGCAUGCAAACGUGCAGACAAACAAGAGGGAAUUGGUGUUCGACAGGCCUGAGUUACAUACGUCGAUAUGGGAAUAA